AUGAGUGCCAAUAACAAAAUAGGUGUCAAAUGCCUUAAUACCUUGCACCUAAGAGUAUCAGAAAAGGGGAUUCUAGAGGAAAUUUCCAACGAGGAUGUAGAGGAAGAAAAAUCAGAUGAAGAAAAGGAUAAGGGAGAAGAAAAACAACAGGAUGAGGGAAAAGAAAAAGAGGAUCAGCAGGUUGUUCCCACUGCCACAAAUGAUGAGGCAGAGGUUGUUUCACAAGGGGAACAUGAAGAUGCUAAAAGUAAGGGGAAAAAUUCAAAAGCAGAGGAAGGUCAGGACCCUGAUGAUAAUAUUUCUAGUGAUGAGGAAGUCAGGAUGCCAACAAAGAAGGAGCCCUUAGUAAAACAAAGAAAAAGUAUUAGGAUUGCUUCUAAAGGGAGGCUUGCUUCUAAAGGGAAGCAUCUUGUGACAACUACUCCUUCACCAAAACCUGAUGUACCACCUUCACCAUACAUUCCAUCACCACCUCCUUCACCUAUUCCUUGUACACCACCACCAACCACGACACCUAAUUCACCAGGUCUUGGUUUCACUAGUUUUGCUAAUCCUUCAGUUUCUACCGAUCCUAUCCUUGAUAAAUUGUAG